AUGUCGUUACGUGUAUCUAUGAGAGCAUUUCUGUUGCUGAGCCGUGUUUGUGCAAGAAGUGGCAGCAAGUUCUCGUUCGGCGAUUUGAGCAAAGUCAAGUUGAGAGCUCCUAUUAUACCUACCCAUAAGAAUUUUGAUGUUUCACCAGAUCACCCAUUGUGGGCCUUCUUCCCAGAGGGAAACAACACUGAAACGGCUCUUCGAUCCGGUGACGAACUCGACAUGAACUCACGUGAAUGGACGUUUGCCGAAUUGCGUCGUAAAUCGUUUGAAGACUUGCACAAGUUGUGGUACUUAACUUUGAAAGAAAGAAAUAUAUUAGCCAGAGAAGUCAGAUUGGCAGAGUCCUUGCGAUACUCUAGAACACAACAGCACGAUGCCCUUGAUGAGAAGUUGGUCACUGUGCAAAAGAGAAUCAAACAGGUCCUAUUGGAAAGACAGGUAGCCCAUGAGAGAGUGCAGACAUUCACACAACAGCAACAGCAGUACUUGACAGAGUUCGAGGAAAGAUACCUCAAUGCCAGCGAACACGAGAUAGUAUCAUUCAACGAAAAGUUGGUCAGAUUGCAAUACGCUUUCUUUGGUAUCGAACCACAGUUGCAGGAUUACGAUCUUGAGGACAUCAACAUCAAGUUUGUAGAAGGUUUGUCGUUUGUAGCCAACUUGAAAGUCAAAAGAUACUUGAAACAAAACCCAGCACAAGAACAAGAAUUUGAGUUGCCCUUGAACGGCGUUGUUGAAGAACUUCCAUUCUUGUUGCGUAACGUAACUGAAGCCAUCGAAGAAGUCAAGGCUUUGAGACAAUCGGGCGAGUCGGUGAAGUUGGACAAGAUCGACGUAUUCCCAUUCUUGAGACUGGCUCUUUCCAACGCCAUCGAACAGGAGGAGUUGGACCAAUAAGCUAUACAUAGUAACUAUCAUAAUUGUACAUAUUAAUCAUAACUAGAAGUUUAAAAUCUAUAAAGAAGAUUAU